GAAAGAAAAAGGAUACGUCCGUCACCUUUCAGCGCGGCCAGCCGUAGAGAGUGAGCGCUCAUAAACGGCAGCGGUGAAAUACCUAAGCGGCGUGCACCGUGGAUCUGCGCUGGGAGCGAACCAGGGGAAUGACAUCAACGCUCCCAGAUAUGGUUUACUCACAAGACUCUGUCGAGUUGUGAACUUUGCCGGUGUAUCCCUAAACUGUAGAACCGCGUGGAUUAAGAAAAUAGCUUCGUUUUGUUUUUUCCUUUUUCAAAAGGGAGGGGAUAAUUAUGCCGGACCAAAUUACGGUUUCAGAGUUCGUGGCUGAGACUAAUGAAGAUUACAAAGCGCCGACUGCUUCCAACUUCACCACCAGAAUGUCCCACUGUAGGAAUACCGUGGCUGCUUUGGAGGAGGCGCUGGAUGUGGACCGCAGUGUUUUGUACAAAAUGAAGAAGUCUGUGAAGGCCAUCUACACAUCUGGUCUGGCCCACGUGGAGAAUGAGGAGCAGUACACACAGGCACUGGAAAAGUUUGGGGAGAACUGUGUGUACAGAGAUGAUCCUGACCUGGGAUCUGCUUUCCUCAAGUUCUCUGUUUUCACCAAGGAGCUAACUGCACUCUUCAAAAACCUGUUCCAGAACAUGAACAACAUCAUCACCUUUCCUUUGGACAGCCUGCUGAAAGGAGACCUGAAGGGAGUCAAGGGGGACCUGAAAAAGCCCUUUGAUAAAGCCUGGAAGGACUACGAAACAAAAGUCACCAAGAUAGAGAAGGAGAAGAAGGAGCAUGCGAGGCAGCAUGGGAUGAUCAGGACAGAGAUCAGCGGGGCAGAGAUCGCUGAGGAGAUGGAGAAGGAGAGGAGGUUCUUCCAGCUACAGAUGUGUGAGUAUCUCCUCAAAGUGAAUGAGAUCAAGAUCAAGAAGGGGGUGGACCUGCUGCAGAACCUCAUCAAGUACUUCCAUGCACAGUGCAAUUUCUUUCAGGAUGGUCUUAAGGCAGUGGACAAUCUAAAGCCUUCCAUAGAGAAACUGGCCACAGAUCUGCACACGAUAAAACAGGUGCAGGAUGAGGAAAGGAAGCAGCUCACUCAACUACGAGAUGUCCUCAAGUCAGCGCUACAAGUGGAACAGAAAGAGGAUUCCCAGGUGCGGCAGAGCGCCACCUACAGCCUACACCAACCCCAAGGCAACAAAGAGCAUGGCACAGAGCGCAGCGGGCACCUGUACAAGAAAAGUGAUGGGCUGAGGAAAGUGUGGCAGAAGAGGAAGUGCACAGUCAAGAAUGGAUACCUCACCAUUUCCCAUGGAACAGCUAACCGGCCACCAGCUAAACUCAACCUGCUCACCUGCCAGGUGAAGCACAAUCCUGAAGAAAAGAAGAGCUUCGACCUCAUAUCCCAUGACAGAACAUAUCACUUUCAGGCUGAGGACGACCCAGACUGUCAGAUUUGGAUCUCAGUGUUGCAGAACAGUAAGGAGGAGGCAUUGAAUCAGGCCUUUAAAGGGGACCAGCAUGUGGGGGAGAACAACAUUGUGCAGGAGCUGACCAAGGCCAUCUUGGCAGAGGUCAAGAGGAUGACUGGCAAUGACGUCUGUUGUGACUGUGGAGCGCCCAAUCCUACAUGGCUGUCCACCAAUCUGGGCAUCCUGACCUGCAUAGAGUGCUCUGGGAUCCACAGAGAAUUGGGGGUCCAUUACUCCAGGAUCCAGUCUCUCACCCUGGAUGUACUCAGCACCUCUGAGCUCUUGCUGGCCAAGAAUGUAGGGAAUGCGGGAUUUAAUGAAAUCAUGGAGGCUUGUCUAACUACUGAAGAUGUGGUCAAACCCAACCCUGCCAGUGACAUGCAGGCAAGGAAAGACUUCAUCACAGCCAAAUACACCGAGAAGCGUUUUGCCAGGAGGAAGUGUCCGGACGCAGGUUCCAAGCUCCACACGCUGUGCGACGCUGUGAAGGCCAGGGACAUCUUCUCCCUCAUCCAAGUCUAUGCCGAGGGAGUUGACCUCAUGGAGCCCAUACCGCUAGCCAAUGGACAUGAACAUGGAGAGACGGCUCUUCAUCUGGCAGUCAGACUUGUGGACCGAACUUCUCUACACAUUGUAGACUUCUUAACACAGAACAGUGUGAAUCUGGACAAGCAGACAGCCAAAGGCAGCACGGCGCUGCACUACUGCUGCCUGACCGACAACAGCGAGUGUUUGAAACUGCUGCUCCGGGGCAAGGCUUCCAUAGAUAUAGCGAAUGAGUCUGGCGAGACGCCGCUGGACAUUGCUAGGAGACUGAAACAUGUACAGUGUGAGGAGCUGCUGAACCAGGCGCUGGCAGGGAAGUUCAAUGCCCACGUCCACGUCGAGUAUGAAUGGUGUCUGCAGCAUGAGGACCUGGAUGAGAGCGAUGAAGAUCUGGAUGAAAAGCCCAGCCCUCACAGGAGAGAUGAGCGGCCUGUCAGCUGUUACACCCCAGGAAGUAACUCCCACCACCAGCCUAGUCCUGCCUCUCUGGCGAAGGACAAACAGCGUGUCUAUAUGCCCAGCUUGGUCAACAACGAGACCUACGGCACCAUCCUCAAUACUACCCCGCCAACAGGCCAGCCCGGCAUGCCUACCACUACUUCCGCACCGCCCCUGCCCCCAAGGAAUUUAGUCCAGUUAUCCGGUCUGGGCGGGAUGGGUCAGUCUUCGUCGUCUCCUAGCUGGAAACCUGGUUCUUUAGACUUGGUGGGUCGACAGAGGUCGUCCUCUGAUCCCCCCAACAUGCACCCCCCGGUACCCCCUAUGAGACUCACCUCAACUGGAGGUCUGGCCCCUCCACCUGUGGCAAAGACAGUCAGUGUAUUGGAGGCUAUGAGCAUCCAGCCCAAAACCGGCCAGGGACUGCCUGCGUCCAGGGCAGUACCGCCCAAGUCUCCUGCAGGCAAUGACAAGAGCUUCAGCAGAGGACUUUUAAAUCGCACAGGGUCCAUUGAAAGGCCAGCUAAGGAAGUGCCGGGAUGUCCCCAGAACUCAGUAGGUCAAUCUCUGCCUCCGGCCCCGAUGCCGAGGAAGGCUUAUCCCAAGCAAAGGCCGAAGCGUGUAAAAGCCAUCUACAACUGUGUAGCCGACAACCCGGACGAGCUGACCUUCACGGAAGGGGAGGUGAUUGUGGUGGAUGGAGAAGAGGACCAGGAGUGGUGGCUGGGCCACAUUGAAGGUGAUCCAAUGAGAAGAGGAGCCUUCCCCGUUACCUUUGUACACUUCAUCGUUGACUGACAGGUCAGAGGAAUUAACGGAGGAUGUGGGAGAAACUCGCCCAGUUUCCUGUCUGUCGGUGUGUGAGGCACUGCCAACGAACAUCGUCGCUGUCAUUGUAAUAGAUUAUAAAGUUUUUUGGCGUCAUCAGCAAGCUUGUUAAGGUGAGGUUCUACUACCCAAGUGUCCCAACCAUCACAUCACCCCAGUUACAACUCGAUAUGGAUGAUUUGCUGACAUCAGUAACGGAACCUACUCCAGGAAGUCUUGGCCCCACUGACUCAUGGGAUUGUAUGGGUUCUGACAAGGACUAUCGCAUUCAAAUGUGAUGAUUGUAGUGAAUAACCUCUUGCAAUAAAUGCACUUUCCAUGUCUUCAUCCUGAUUACAAAAUAAGUUGACAUAUUUGACAAAAUGAAGGUUCUACUCAACAGUGUUUUGUUCCGCCAUUUUCUGAUCGGGUGCAUCAUGCAGAAAGUUCUUAAAGUGAAAGUACAAACAUGACUACAGCAAUGUAUUUUGACUCAAUAACUGUAAAUGUGAAUAUAGUCAACAUGCUUACAUUCCACUUCCACGCAUGAACCUGUUAAAACGCUUAGCCGCUCAUAGAUGAACAGUAUGACCUAUUUAGAUGGCCUUCCAUGUGGAGGUACUAGAUAUUUCCUAAUGGUGCUAGCCCAGGUUUAAGCUAGAAUCUGUCCUGGAGGGAGAGCGUCCCUGUCCCCAUUUCAAAGACAGACCAACAUUCGAAGGGGGAUGCUGCGUAUAUAAAUAGCCUUCCACUCAUCACAACUGGGAGAGCCCACUAAAAUCUAGCUUGUGUGUGUGUGUGUGUGUGUGUAUGUGUGAGAGAGAGAGAGAGAGAGGGAGAGAGAGAGAGAGAGAGAGAGACUGACUGACUGACUGACUGACUGCUAAUGAACCCAAUGUCACAUCUGCCAUGAAUCCUCUGACCUGUCAUCCCUCUCUGCUGCAUCAUUCCGCUGUCAUUUUUGUACCACACACUCUAGUCCUGUCCAUACUAUUUUUGUGCUCGAGAUAACAUUGAAUGGUAGCAGGGAGUAGCUUCUCUUUUACUAUAUUAGGUCAGUUAAUGACAGGCUGAAGGUGUAGCAGUCAGGGUUGUCUGCCUCUUACCUCCGCCUGCCGACACGUUCCAAUCAUCCGCCUUACUCGUUUAGCAGGAGAUAGUGUGUGUAUGUGUCUGUCCUGUCUAUGAAGCAUGAGUUUAGCAUUGAAUAAAACUGAAAUAAGAUUUAAGAAAGGAUUACUUUUUUUUUUUUUGUGAAACGUACAGAAACCAGCUCAGUGAGUUUCGGGGUUUCAACGUGUUGCCUUUGAGUCUACAUACAGGCAGAUUAGUUUAUUGGGCUAUUUCACAACAUAAAAGGGCACAGUUUCACUUUAAUCCUCUUUCCUUCUGUAUAAUCAAGGCAUCUCAACUGUCUCCAUAUCAUGGACCCCCAAGCAGCCAUGCAUUAGGGAAUACAAAAAUUUGUCCUCGGGACCCCCAUAUGGAAAUUAUUGUCAUAUUUUUGUUGUGAUCGACUUAAUAUUUAAGCUGUUAAACUGUCUACACUGCUGACUCUUGUAAAUUCUUCUGCAUUAUCUAAUUUGGAUCAUGUUUAUGAAACUCCUCAUUUUGCUGGGGCUCCCUGGUAUCCCAUCGGUGACCCCAGAGGGCCCCCCAGACCAAGCUUUUGAGAACCACUCCUCUAUAAGACCAUGCAUAGGGAGGGGCACACCCUUCCUGCAGCCUCAGUCUGUACUGCGUGUGCAGACCUCUGAUGUCCCCUAUUUUAAAAAGAUGAGUCUGUCUAUAGUGCUAUUAAAAGAAUAUUCUUACAGAGCUUUCUAUGUAAUUAACUCAAUUGCAGUUGCAGAGCAACUCUAUCUUCCUGUUGAUAUAUAUACACACACAUACAUACAUACAUAUAUACUUGUGUAUGUCUGUGUAUGUAUGUUGAUACUUAGACAUUUAACAUGGAACAAGAGCCUUCCAUGGAGUUGUGAAUGAUUAGGAGAUGCAUGUGAAUCAUACCCGACUCCCUCUUCAUUAUUAUUAACCCACUGGAAAUAGAAAGGUUUAAAAAAUCUAUACAUGUAAAUAGAUUUGAAUUUGUUUUAUGUUUGUUAAUAUUUAAAUGUAAAAAAAAAGGAGAGUCACUCUUGGCAGUAAAUGUCUUAAUGCACUGUGGUGAUGAGCAGUUACCAGAUAUGACCUCAGCUGGGCACACGCAUUUGUGUGUUUCUGUGUGUGUGUGUGAGUGUGCAUGCAUGUGUGCGUGUAUGUGUGUGUGUGUGUGUGUGCGUGCUGAAAACAAAAAGGCCUAUACAUACAACUGGGAGAGAUUACUGAGCUCUUCUUGGCUGUGGAUCACUGCAUUGACUUAACUCUGUUGUGCAAAUAAAUGGGAAAUUGAAACUGGAAUAAAAAAAA